GUUUUUCUCCCCAACAAGAUGGUACGUAACGAUGCGAGUAAAGGCUACGAUAACCCGGCCAUUACCGUUUCCGACGAACCGGUGGCUUUGGAGUUGAACAACGGAAAUGGGCGAAUCCAUCGUGAUAGUGUGCUUGGAUUGAGUGAGCCACUGCCCCGGUUGGAUCACUACCGGGCUUCGCAGCGCAACGCAAAGCGACCCUCGAUCGGUGUACUGCACGGUGACCGUGACUCCAAGGAUGGCGAGCCGGAGGAACAGCUCGAGGAAGAAACGAAGGCACCGGCCCACGCAAUUCGGCUCGGCUGGGUGCAGGGUGUGCUGAUACCGUGCCUGCUCAACAUCUGGGGUGUCAUGCUGUUCCUGCGUCUUAGCUGGGUUGUCGGUCAGGCCGGUAUCGUACAAACGCUGAUCAUUAUAGCCCUUUCGUACCUGGUGUGCGUCAUGACCACGCUAUCACUGUCGGCGCUCUGUACGAACGGACAGAUUAAGAGCGGCGGCUUGUACUACAUCAUCUCGCGCUCACUCGGCGCCGAGUUUGGUGCUUCGGUCGGUAUUGUCUUUGCCUUUGCUAACUCCGUUAACGCGGCCAUGAACACGAUCGGUUUCUGCAGCUCGCUAAAUGAUCUACUACGAAGUCUCGGUACGAAGAUCGUAGAUGGAGGUACAAACGAUAUUCGCAUCGUUGGUUCGGCCUUUCUGCUGCUCAUGAUCAUCAUCUGCGCGAUCGGUAUGGAUUGGGAGGUGAAGGCACAGAACUUCCUACUGGUACUGAUCGUGGUGGCUAUCUUUAACUUCAUAAUCGGCGCCAUCAUCGGUCCGGGAACUUCCAGCGAAGAGGUCGGUAAAGGUUUCUUGGGCAUCUCGACGGCCUUGCUGGCGGCGAACAUGGGUCCGGGCUAUACGGUGAUGAACGGUGUGCAGCAGAACUUCUUCAGCGUGUUUGCGAUCUUUUUCCCGAGCGUAACCGGCAUUCAGAGUGGAGCGAACAUCUGCGGAGAUCUUCGCGAUCCGGCAAAAGCUAUCCCGAAGGGAACGUUGUGGGCUUGUCUGAUAUCCGCCAUUUCGUACGUGUUAUUCUCGUUCAUGGCGGCAGGUGCCGCAGUGCGAGAGGCAUCGGGUAAUGCUUCCGAUCUGGUUGGAGUUACAUUUACUAGCUGCGCUGCUGGUAACUGUACGUACGGAUUGCUGAACGACUACACGGUGAUGCAGCUCAUUUCGCUUACCAGCGCCAUCACCUAUGCCGGCUGUUGGGCAGCUACCCUCAGCACUGCUCUGACGAACAUUCUGUCCGUCCCGCGACUCAUCCAGGCUCUCGGUAUCGAUCGCAUCUACCCGGGACUGAUCUUCUUCUCCAAGGGUUACGGCAAGCACGGCGAACCGUACCGUGGCUACGGGCUGGUAUUCCUCGUAUCGCUUGUCUUUAUACUGAUUGCCGAUCUGGAUGCGAUCGCUUCACUCAUCACGAACCUUUACCUGGCGUCGUAUGCGUUCAUUAACUUCUGCACGUUCCAUGCGGCCACCGUAAAGCCUCUCGGCUGGCGCCCCACGUUUAACUACUAUCAUCCGUAUGUAAGUCUACUCGCUACGAUUCUCUGCGUGGCGAUCAUGUUCCUCAUUUCGGUCGUGUCGUCCUUCAUCGCAAUGGCGUUCAUCUUUGUGCUGUAUCUGGUAGUUGUAUACCGCAAGCCGGAAGCAAACUGGGGCUCGUCCGUGCAGGCACAAGCAUACAAAACUGCGCUCAACUCCACGCUCAAUCUCGAGGGUACGAGCGAUCACGUGAAGAACUAUCAACCGCAGAUUCUGGCAAUUGCCGGUGAUCCUAUGCAGCGUCCGGGAUUGAUCGAUCUGGCACAUCUCAUCACCAAGCACAGUUCGCUGAUGGUGAUCGGUAAUAUUAUUCCACAGCGUUUGCCGUACAAACGUCGACGAGCACUGUCUGACAUGGGCAAGAAUUAUCUGAAGGACUCGAACAUCCGGGCGUUCUACAAAAUUGUCGACGGCGUAGACUUUGAUCAGGGCGCUCGGUGUUUGAUCCAAUCGACCGGUUUCGGACGCUUGGCACCCAAUAUUCUUAUGCUGGGCUACAAAACCAACUGGCAAACGGCAGACCACAAUCAGCUAAAUGCGUACUACAACACCUUGCAUACCGCGUUCGACAACCGUCUCUCGCUGUUAAUUCUGCGCAUGGGUAAAGGACUUGACAUCUUCAAGGGUAUGUCAAACAACGAUCUGUACACGACGAUUCCUUCCCCGCAAGAAACGACCAUAUCGAUGCCUUCCAAGCGUAUGGCUGCUCGCCGUUCGCUGAUGCCGGUUAACUCGAAUCUCGAUCUGCACGAGCUGAUGCAGUCGAACCGUUCCAGCCAAACGUCCCCAGCUCCAACAUUCCAUGCCGCUCCUGCCUUCGACUAUGUACCACCGGCGGUAACUGCGGAACCGGAAGCAAAUCUCUUCAAGCACAAACAACCGAAGGGUACGAUCGAUGUCUGGUGGCUGUACGAUGAUGGUGGGCUAACGAUGCUGCUGCCGUACAUUAUAACGACUCGCUCCAAGUGGGAAAAGUGUAAGAUACGUGUGUUUGCACUUUCGUCGUUCAACCUGCAAGAGGAGGAAACGAACUUGAGACUGCUGCUCGAUAAGCUUCGUAUCAGCUAUCUUAGUCUCACGAUGGUCAAGGUGACGGACAAGCCGAUGGAAUCGACCAUCGAGGAGCAUCGGCAGCUGUUACGCUCCGUCGCCGACACCAAUGACGAUCUGCCCGUACUGUCGGAGUCGGAAAAGCAGCAGCUUGAAAUCAAAACCAACCGUCAGCUGCGCCUCCGGGAGCUGUUGCUGGAGCACUCGAAAUCGGCUUCACUUAUCGUCAUGUCAAUGCCCGUUCCCAGACAGGAUACUGUAUCGGCCGUACUUUACAUGUCUUGGCUUGAAAUGUUGACCAAGGAUAUGCCACCGUUCCUGCUGGUGCGUGGCAACCAGACAGAGGUCCUCACGUUCUACUCCUAGAAACGCCAACCCCUAGCAUUACGAC